UACACUACAGGACAUCACCACCUGUCAUCUGUCCGUAGUUAAGCUUCCACACCUGAUGGGAAUAAUCAGCUAAUGAAAACCUGAAACUGCAGGAUCUUUACACAUCAGGAAAGUUCAGUCAUCCAGCCAAAUGGACAUUCAGCAGCAAAAUAGGCCGUAUCUGGAGCCCAUCCAGGAAGAGUCAGAGCACGAAGAUGAAAUCAGACGAAGCAAAACAGGAGAAGGAGAGGAGGAUUCUCAAACUCACGUAGGUGUGGAGACAGAGGACGUAAUGGCAGAAGAUAAGAGUGCAGAAGAAGAAGAAGAAGAAGAAGAAGACGAUGAUGCUCUGCUGAGGGUUCUGAGACCCAGGCGACUGUCUCAUUCCUUCAGCCAAGAGAGUUUUCUUCAAAAGCGAUCUACCAGCAAUCACCAGGAAAAAACGAAGAAUUUCUCAGUGUCAGAUCUGAGCACACAUGCAGUGGGUUUAAGUGAUGAAGCUACACCCCCUGGGCAGCCAAAGUUAGGAAACGAGAAGUGGUCCAGUAGUAGGAAGCUGAGGAUAAAGAUUUCCAAGAUCAGAUGGCACCAACCCACACCUCCUAAACCAUCAGUGCAGAAGAAGACAAACAGGAAACGCCACAAGGCAUCGUCACUGGUUGUCCAGAAAAAUCUUUCCAAGGAGGAGCUGUUUCCUCAGUGGCUGAUGGAUCUGAUGGUCAACAUCGAAGAGGCAACAACACACCAACUGGUGGUUGAGUGACACAAAUCAUCGCAGGCCUCACAAGGUGAACGUGGAACAUGUUGGGCAAAUCAAGCACUGAUCUCCUUGGUGAAUACUGAAUGUAGAACAAAUGCCUCACAAAAUAAAAUAGCAUUAAGAGUUGGCAGUGCCAGAGACUAAAGUCCAUGUGUAAUGUGUAAGUCACUGUGUAUUUUUUUGUUUUGUUUUAUUUUGUCAUUAUCACUGAAUAAACAAAAAGAAACAAGUACAUUAGGUACAAUCAGAGUACAAUAAGGCAUAUCAGUUUCAUAAUAAGUUAAAUGCAUGAUUAAAAAAUUGGUUCCAUUCCUGUCAACUUAUUUAAGUUGUGGUUAUUAUGUGUAAUAUCAAACACAUUGAUUUUUAUCUAUUAUUCUGUUGUAAUUACUUUUGUCAUUUGUGCAAUUACCCCCCCCCCCCCCUUCCUUCAGACAUCAAGUACAUGUAACUAAUAAACCGGUAUAUUCCUUUU